AUGAACGCGUUUUACGAGGAGCUGGAGGAAGUAAUCCGCAACGAGAAGUCCUUCUACAAAUUCGUUGUCGGAGACUUCAACGCAAAACUAGGAAAGGCUACAGAAGAGGAAUACAGGAUUGGAAGAUUUGGACUAGGGGACCGGAAUGAAAAUGGCAAUCGUCUCGCGGGGCUGUUGUCGACUCGUGCGGAGAUCGACCACAUACUCAGCAACCGGAGGUGGUGUCUACUUGAUGUCUCAGUAGUACCAUCCUUUUGUAGUGGUUCUGAUCAUCGUCUCCUUCGUGCGAAAACACGACUUAGCCACACGAUGGAAAAGAACAUCUGCUAUCGGCAACGAAGGAGAAAAGAAGUCGUCUACGACGAUUGCGUACACGAGGACUCCUUGUCCCAAGGUGACUGA